AUGCCUCCAUUGUUUUGGUCAAUUGCCGAUUCUCAAAAUUUCAGUCUCGAUGCUUCUGGUGUUGCCGGUUUCUUCGGUGGCGAGGAAGCCAUCACUGCCAUGGCUACUGUACACCUGUAUAGGGGGCGUAGAUGGCUCGGCUGGUACAACUCCCCCGGCAGCUAUACUAUAGCCAAGGACUUCGGCAGAAUAUCCAAGUCAAGAUUAUGGGGUGGUCUUUUUCCUGGCACCAAUCAUGAUCCAGUUGUUGCAUUCAAACUGGACGUGAAGACUGGACCGAAGUACGUUGCGUCACGCUCGGGAACUGUCAUGCAGCAAACAGGGCACUUUGCGCAUCUCCUGACGCAGGGGACGGAUGAUUUGACGCCACAUCCUCUUCCUGCCACACGAACCACUGCAAAUUCACACAUCUUUAUUGUCACUGUCCCUGAAAUAGCAUAUGAAAACCUUCCGGUGCAAACCAUGAGCAUUCACCACGCCGUUCUCGCCAGUUUCCCUAUCCUGAUCAGCUUCAGCACAUGCAUCCUUUCGGCUUUAUUCGCCGACUGGUACUGCUUUGCGAUGAUCCUCCUCGGAAUCAUCUCCAGCGGUGUUACAUGUUUCGUCAUCGGCUCCGGAGUCCUUGGUAUUGAAACCGUUAAGAAACCAGCGGAGGGCUCCCCUCCAGGAGACGGGAUUCUCUUGAUGCAGAAUGGCGUCAUCAUCCUGAAGGGAGAGGAAAAAGACGUGAAUGCAAUUACAAAGGGGAAGUUUUCGCUACAACUAAAAGGAGCACCUGAGUAUACAGUUGUCGGUCUGUGCUCGCUGCUCCUCGAAGUUCAGUUUCUACUGCAGCUCCUCCUCAUCCCACAGGGAUCGCUGUUCGGUCAGAUCAUGUUCCUGACCUCAGUGGUCGCAUCCUGGGCGUACAACUCCUUCCUAGCAUCCCUGGACAAGGAAAAACUACAACGGAAACUGUUUUGCGACACUAUCGGACUUCACCAAACAGCCAUGCUCAGUUUCCAAGCUGGCACUCGAACCAGCAUGGCUGCAUUCGCAUGCUUCGUUCUUUGCGGAGAUUUACCAAGGCCUCUUAAGGGUAUCGAACCCAUGAAGAUUCUGUUGGAGUUUGUGCCUAAUGAGACGCCAGUGUGGCAGAAGUGGAGGAAGCAAGUAGUGGCUCAGGUCGAGAAAGAGGACGAAAUGAGUAUCUUUCAACCUGGAAAUGUUGAUAUGUCAGGGCUCAGUAGCGGUGAGCGAAAACUUUUGACGACUCUGCUACAGGAUGCGGACGAUGCGUACAAAGGGUAUAUAGAGACCCGUAACCGUCGACAAUCGUUGACAAUUGCCGAAAAGCCUUGA